AUGUGGGAGUAUAAAUUUUUAGGUCCAAAGGUUAAGUGCCUGUGUACGCUAAUACACCUCGAGGAGUGGUUGUGUGAGGCCGGCCGCAUUGACACUUCCGAGAUGUUAGCGAGGAGAGGCGUCUUUGGUGUCGUCGUCGUCGUCGUCGUUCUCUGCGUUUUGAUCGUCGCAGGCGCCCCGAUAGUGGACACAAACGUCACCGAGUCUAUGUUCAAUGUGACCUCCACAGAUGCCAGUACCACGGCAAGCCUCGUGAAUGUCUCGAUGGAUGAAUUGACGACAACGUGGAAUUACACCACCUCAACCGAGGUUCCAGAGAUCAUCGUCUUUGUGAACGAGAAAAACCCCUCUGACCCGCCAAAUCUCAACGUCACCUCCACAACGAAGGACCUCAACGAGAAGCUGAAUAAAGCCGAACGUGUUGGAGCUAUAGUUGGCUGUGUGCUGGCGAUAUUCAUCAUUAUAGCAAUUGUAGCUAUUUACUUGCUAUAUCGAAAAUCCCAUCAAGAAUCAACUCACUUUUGA